AUGUCGAGAAACUACGAAAAGCUCGUCAAGGGAGCGACUAAACUAAAGUUGGCUCCCCCUAAAGCCAAAUACGUGGAGCCGCUUCUAGCCGGUCUCCGACAUACGGAUGACUUGCGAUCCAUUAUGAGCUGCAUUUCGCGGCGACUAGACGACUCCGCAUACUCGGUGGUGUUCAAGUCGCAUAUUCUGCUGCACAUUAUGAUCCGAGAAGGUCCCCCCAACUCGGUACUCAAGUACCUCAAACGACACCCCAACAUGCUCGAUUGCCAAGGUAUUCGACGACAACGAGGCGGAGGGCUUGAUGGUGGCUCUGAGGCAUCCGUUGAGGGUCUUCUUCGCUACAACAACUAUCUCCAAGUGCGAGCGUUGCGAUUUGACGAACAAAAGGGCGACUACGUAAGACCCAAGUAUCUCCACCGAGAUGACGAUCUCAAAUUUCUGUCUGUUGAGAAGGGCCUGCUCAAGGAGUGCCAGUCAAUUCUCGACCAGCUUCUGGCCCUGCUCAAGUGCCGAUACUACGAAGAGGAACUGAACGAAGACACUCUUCUGACGGCGUUCCGUCUGCUGGUGGAAGAUGUACUCGUGCUCUACGAAACGCUCAACCAGGGCGUCAUCAACGUGCUGGAGCACUACUUUGAAAUGUCGCGAUACGAUGCCGAAAAGGCGCUCAAAAUCUACCAAAAGUUUGUCAAAAUCACGUCGCAGGUGGUGUCAUACCUCAAGACCGCCAAGCAGAUGGAGUACGCUACCAAGAUCCAUGUACCCAACAUCAAGCACGCGCCUACCUCGCUGGCAGACUCGUUGGAGGACUAUCUGAACGACCCCGACUUUGAUCUCAUUCGACGACAGUAUCUGGCUGAGAAGGAGGCCCGGGAGACCGAGAAGCGAGGAAAUGGCUACAGAAAGUCGUCUGAUGCCACUGUUCGUGGCAGCGGAGUAGACCGAACUGCUUCCCAGCGACGUUCUGUGUCCCAGCCCUCUCCCUCAGAGGCCGCCGCUGCUCAGCAGAUUCAACAGCAGGCUCUACAGCAGCAGCAACAGCAGUAUCAGCAGCAGCAGUUCCAGCAGCCCACUCAGAUGCAGCAGCCCUUGGUGGACCUGUUUGGACCUUCCGGAAUCCAGAUGCAGGAGACCAGUAUACAGAUGGACACCCAGGCAGCGAUUUUGCAGCAGCAGCAGCAGCAGGCCCAACAACAGGCCGCUCUCCAGCAACAACAAGCCCAGCAGCAGGCUAUGGCUCAACAGCAGGCUCAGCAGCAGGCUCAGCAACAGGCUAUGGCUCAGCAGCAGGCUCAACAGCAGGCUCUGGCCCAGCAACAAGCCCAGCAGCAGGCUCAGCAGCAGGCUCAGCAGCAGGCUCAACAACAGCAACAGCAGCAGUUUGGCCACAACCCCUGGGGUCCUCCACAGCAGCCUCAGCAGCAGAUGUUCCAGCAACAGCCUCAGCAGCAACAGCAGAACACAAUCAUCCCCGUUCAGCAGCAGCAGCCCUUGUUGCAACAGCAGACUACUGGUUCCAACCCCUUCAGAAAGUCCAUGCUCCAGCAGCCCAUGCAGCAACAGCCCAUGCAGCAACAGCCCAUGCAUCAACAGCCCAUGCAGCAACAACCGAUGCAGCAGCAGAACAUGCAGCAGCAGCACACUGGAGGCCACAACCCGUUCGGAUCGCUGUCUAGAGCGCCCUCCACCUCGUCCACUCUCUACUCUAUUUCUGAACCCACUACGACGCCGACGUCUCCUGCUAUGACUGCCCCUAACGCCUCUGUGGCUGCUUCUCCGGCCUCUGUGGCUUCGUCCUCGGCCUCCAUGCCUGCCGGUCAUCUCAUUCAGCAGACCACAGGCACCAACCCGUUUGCAUCUGGCGGCAUGGCCGUGUCUCAGGCUCCCAUGAUGCAGCAGAACAACGGUUUUGGCCAGCAGCAGCAGCAGCCUCUGGUUCAGCAGCUGACGCAACAGACUACCGGAUAUAACCCCUUCCGAAAGUCCAUGGCCCAGCAGCAGUUUCAGACGCCCAUGUACAACCCUUCGUUUGGUGGCCUGGAGCAGCUGCAGACCAACCCCGUGUUCCCUCAGACCCAGCAUGCCCAGCAGCAACAGCAGCAGCAGCAACAGUUUGGUUUCUAG